GCGAUUGCGCGUCUUCAAGCUCAUUAAAUGUUUAGCUGUCGAUUAGUAUAUUAAUUAAGGCUACAUUCUUGGAUCACAGAAAAACUAGCGAUUUAAAAGGUGACACCUUCAGGAAGGACAUCUUUCAGCCAAGAAUAUGAAGACGGUAGCGGUUAGUUUGCUUUCCCUCUCAAUGUUGUUGAGUCUGGUCGAUGGCCAUGGCUACCUGAAAGAUCCUCCGAGCCGGGCCAGCCGCUGGCGAUACGGUUUUUCUGGUCCAAGGGAGUACACUGACAAUCAAUUGAGCUGUGGUGGCCGAAAUGUCCAGUGGUCGAAACACGGGGGGAAAUGCGGGGCUUGUGGCGAUGAAUAUGGCAUAAGCAAUCCCCGUUUCGUUUCUCCGGGAGUCUUUGCAAAAAAUCCACCCAUCGUAAAGACCUACACCGAGGGGGAACUGAUUGAAGUGACCGUGAAAAUAACAGCGCAUCACAAAGGUUAUUUCAUAUUUCGCGUGGCACCAUUGGUCAAUCCACCGAUCACGCAAGCGGACCUGGACAAGAACAUGUUAGCGUUGGAGAAUGGGAACCAGGAGUGGACACUGCCCGAUUCUGGUGCCGGUGAUUACACCAUCACCCUCAGGUUACCCACGGGCUUAUCAUGUGAUCACUGCGUGAUGCAAUGGUGGUAUACUACAGGAAAUAAUUGGGGGGGAAAUGAACCUGAGACGUUUGUCAACUGCGCCGAUAUCAAGAUCCUGCCAUCUUCUAGCCCGCCGGGUCCAGGCACACCGGCACCGAAUCCUGUCACUACAUCAAGUACGGGCACCUGCCCACCUUGCAACUGCCCGAAGCCCGUCGUUUGCCCCACAGUAACACCUUGCUCGAGUCAACCUGAAAUACCUGCACCACCUGCUACGACACCGCCUGCAACAGCUCCGCCGACAAGCAACCCACCACAAGGCUCACAAUGCUAUUCCAUAAAUCCGACGGCGUCUGAUGCCUGGUGUUCUGCCAAUUGCGCCGGCGGUUACUGUCCAGCGACACAUUGCGUUUGCACUUAACAUUUUCAAGUAAUGGUACAGUUGAAUAUUCAAAGUGACUUUAAGAAUCCGUUGCACGAAUUUACCAAUGGUUUAAGCUCCUUUGUAUUUAAUAGUUAACUGUAAGAUAUUAAGGUCCUUUCAUAUUUGUUCGUGUCAUUAUUUGUAUUUGUUACCUCGUUUGUUACUUUUUACUGCAAUUCUGUAGACCAACUUCAACUUCUGGGGCCGGUUGUAUGAAAGCCGGAUAGCGCUAUCCACCGGAUAGUGAUUUUUUCAACCUUUCUAAA